AUGUUCAGUUCCAAGACGGUCAAUCCGUACGAGGCGGUCGUAGGUCAGUGCACACACCCCGGGCCUAGCCAGGUCGUCGUCAUCCGGACGCUCAAACUGACUCGACCAUCUGACACCAUCUCCUCGGCCUUCGCGAUCCGGUCCUACUUCCAACACCGCACCUGGGAUUCGAUACGCGCCUACUUGCACACACGAACAGCCAAAGCUACGGAUGAGAAACAGACCGAUGUCAACUGGGACAUUUUGUUGACCGUCUGGGACAAGGUCAACGAGGACGGCGAGCAAGGGCAAGUCACCGAACAGAGGCGACGACGAUGUACUGCAAUGCGGCCCCGUGGCUAGGAUGCUGACAUCAACCUUCUUCGAAUUACCCGCAGAGCGAGGAACUGUGUCGCCGCAUUGCAGAAGCGAUUCGUACACCGUAGCGCCAACGUCCACCUCUUCUCCCUCACCGUAAGCACGAUCCAGGUCGCACCAGAUGACUCGGAAUCCUAGACCUGACAACCGAUCAAUCAAUAUCCACUCAGCUCGCCGGAGCACUCGUCAACAAUUGCGGACCUCCGCUGCACCGAGAGAUCAGCGGCAAGGCCUUCACCGGCGCCUUGACUCGACUCAUCACUGACCGAGUCAGUUCAUAGCCACCGCUUUGUCAUAGAUCUAUCGCGAGACUUACCAAAUUCAAUACUUAUCGCAGUCUACACACGAAUCGGUCAAGACCUCGGCCCUAUCGCUCAUCCAAGCCUGGGUCAAAGAGCACCCCAACAACCCCGACUUUGACAUCCUUGUCGAGACGUAUGAGCAACUCAAACGUCAAGGUCAGAAGUUCCCCUCCGACAAGCCCGAACCCAAGCCCGACCGAUCGAGGACGGAUGAAGCACUUAGGCGAGAAGAGGAGGAACUGCAGCGGGCUUUAGAGGAGAGCGCUCGUUUGGCCGGGGUGGGGAACUCGGGAGGUGGCCCGGGGAGAGCGCAAGACUACGAGUCCAAAGCUUUGCCGCGCCAGCCUUCGACGAACGGAUUGCAUGAAGCAUAUCAGUCGCAUGCUUCGACAUCGACGUCGUCCCUCCCACCCCCUCGACUGCCCCAACGCGCUCGAGCGAUGUACGACUUUGCUGGAGGACAGAGCCCCGAGGAGCUGCCAUUCCACAAGGGCGAUAUCAUCCGAGUCAUCGACUCGCCGUACAAUGACUGGUGGAGGGGUGAACUGCGAGGCGCAACCGGCAUCUUUCCCCGUACUUAUGUGGUCAGUCUCUGUGAGGUUCGUGUCGUGGGCCGGCCUUUCUGACGACACUGACCCCUUGGCGACGACAGGAGGAGCUCCCCGAUACGCCCGUGGCACCUCCGUCAUCCCAAUCCUCGGAAGCCGAACUGGAAGCCGAACUGUUUGCCCAAUCGGCCAAGAUUGACCGUCUGCUGAACAUGAUGCGAUCGCUCUCUUCGCGCGGCGAGAACGUCGCCGAGAACGAAGAACUAGGCGAACUCUACAACGAAUUGAUGACGUUACGACCCAAGGUCGUGGGUUUGAUCAAGAAGUACGAUCAGAAGGGUGCCGAAUUGCGAUCGAUGAACGACAAAUUUGGGAGGGCUAAGAUGACGUACGAAGGCAUGGUUGGGUAUGGUCAUCCGUCUCAGUCACCGCAGGGGUAUCCGCAGCAGCAGCAGGGGCAGGGGCAAUACGGUGGAUAUCCUGAUCCGAGGCAGCAGCAACAGCAGCAACAACAUCCUCCGUAUGGAGCUCCGGGAAUGCAAGGCCAACAGCAGCAGCAAUCCCACUUCGCUCAGCAACGGCAACACGAGGAAGAGAUGGUGCGGAGAGAAGCCGAUGCGCGGGCUCAACGCGAGUACGAGACGCAGAUGGCACAGUACGAGAAGGAGAUGGCUGCAUGGAGGGCCGCUCAGGAGCAGUCUCAGCAGUCGUUGGUGAGUCGGGAUACUCUCUCAAUGCUCGCUGAGGAGGGACACUGACCUUCCGUGUCCCGAACAAGCAGUACUAUCCUUCUCAGGACUACCAGCCUCAACAACAAUACGCACCGACGCCAGACCACGACCUUGCUUACCCGCAACCUCACCAACAGCAAUACGACGCACCUGCACAACAUGGAGCUCACGGUUUCGAGCCUCCACCCGCGGCUGCUUCGACCCAGCAAUGGGCAGCUCAGACGCCGAGUCACCAACAAGCCCCCGCCCUCGCACCCUCUGCUGGUCCCAACCAACCGGUAUGGGAUGGCUCGCAAUGGGUUUACCCUCGUCAGCAUGUCGUUGCCGAGGCCUCCCCUGCUGCAGGUCCAACACAGUAUGUGUCCGCUCCUAUAUUCUCCCCCGCACCCAUUUCGUCGCCACCUCCGGCCGUCGCGACUGUGGCUCCCCAGAUGGGCUAUCCGGCGCAGAGCCAGAGUUAUCCGGCUCAACCCUAUCCUUCCACCACGGCACCAAAUUUGGCAUCCGCUCCGGUUCCCACGCAGUCGCCCCCUCCGCCCACGUCGAACUACGCCAUCUCGACCUCAUCUUCGAUCUAUACUGCUCAAUCCCAGCCGCAACAACAACAAAACAUAUCGACCUCGUUCCCUCAAACACCAACACCAUCUUCCACCGCUACUCCGGGUGCUUUGGUCGACCGAAUGGCAUCCUUGUCCGUUUCUACACCGCCUACGCACGAACCCCAACCCCAACCUUCCUCGGCAAGCUCGCUCGUCUCGGCCGACACGAUCCGACAUCAGCUUUACGACCGACCCAUGGCCUCUUCUACGACUUAUGCCGAUCCCAACGCUGCGGUUGCUUCCACGCACGCAGCAUCACCCCCUCCCACCGCCGUUGCACCAGCACAAGCCUAUUAUCCUGGCCCCGUUGGAGCCGUAGCGACGCAGCCUCUCGAGACUGGCGCACCUGCAGCGGUCGAGAACAACGCCGAAGGCGGCGCGGAUGAUGCGGCUUGGCAAGAGUAUUACCGAAAAAAGGCCGAAUGGGAUCAACAACAGGCUCAAGCUCAGGCGGCGGCGGCGAUGGGGGUCGUGGGUGUACCGCCGCCGGUCUCGGGUUCGGGCUUGCCACAACAGGCUUAA